AUGGGGCCCGAUUUUAUUAGUUCUACAUUUAUGCUUUUACUCAUAAAUGUAUUUUUUACCUUUGGCACGGAAAAUGACUGUGCUAUUCCGAAGGAUAUUGAAGAAUUGGAAUGUCCAAGCUAUGUUUUGGAUUUAAACCAACCGGACUCAUUGAAUGCCAUUUCCAAUUGUACAAUUAUCACUGGGAAUUUAAUAAUCACUGGAUUGUCAAAUGCUAUAUGUGGUUCCGAUGGACAGAGUCUUCCGCACCUUUUUGAAAUUCUUGGUUCAUUGACAAUAGAGCAUUCCAGUUGUAGUGAAGAUCUCUCCCAUUUUCUCCCUAAUCUCGUGGCUAUUCACGGAAUUCUUCCUUUACCUGAUUCACCUUUCUUUGGCGGCAAAGUUUCCAUGCCCUCCUUUGAUAUUCUAAUUCAUCACACUGCCCUCUCAGGUAUUGGACUUCGCUGUCUCCGAGUCAUAGGCAGACAUGGUGUCCUGCUUAUUGAUAACCCCAAAAUGUGCUAUACAGACACUGUCGGUUGGCAUCUACUUUCAUCCUCCCUCAUAGACUCUCGGUCACUUAUAACAAAUUUGACCAUUGAAAAACGAAAUGAUGAAAGUAAUCCAUUGAGUCGAGGACUGCUUAAUGCCGAUGGUUUGUUCGAUCUCUGUGCGAAUACUUGUCCAGUGAAUUGUAAAUGGAUUACAAUGAACAAUCUUCCAAGAUCGUUUUGUUGGUCUCGAGAACACUGCCAGUAUAUCUGCUCAUCAAAAUGCCGGGAUAAUGGUCUGACUUGCUCGGUGCAUAACACAAGGGAAUGCUGCCAUUCUAACUGUUUGGGUGGUUGUACCGGCCCAACGGCUGACGACUGCCUUAUUUGUCGGAACUUUCAUUACAAUAACACAUGUCUUUCAAGCUGUCCGGAUGGAUUAUAUGGGCUACAUGGUCGAUACUGCGUGACACGCGAGGUGUGUCUCUCAAAACGGGUACCAGAGGCUAUGCUCCCUCAUGCUCUCCAACACUACUACGAUUCCGAUGGGCCAAUUACCUUCUCAAUACAGAAUCGCAGUUGCGUGCCCGUCUGCGGUGUAGGUCACCGUCGGUCCUCUGAUGGUACCUGCGUUCGCUGUGGACCUGACUGUGAACAAAUUAAGCGAGAUUGUGGAGAUAUUGUUAUCUAUCAACAGGCUGACCUGGCCUCCGUAAAGGACUGUGUCACAGCUCGAUCGGUUCUAAUCAGUAUUAGAACCGGACAAGAUGAUCUUUCAAUUGCCCUGAUUGAUGCUUUUUCCAGUCUUCGAGUUAUCUACCGGUCUUUGAGAGUUAUUCGUUCGGAUGCACUCCUCUCCCUCUCCUUCUUGCGCAGAUUGAGGACUAUUCACGGCACCGAUACCAGUAGCAAGGAGGGCUUGGCCACCUCGUUGGGUUCUUCUUCUUCUUCUCAUGGAAUAAUCGCCUUGGAAGUAACGUGGAAUGUAAAUUUGGAAGAUCUUUUCCCGACCUCUGAUUCCGUCAAAUUGAAAAUCCACUCGGGCAGUGUGGAAUUUAGUGCUAACUAUCGUCUUUGCCCAGACAAGAUCCGAGGUUUCAUGAAAAAUCGUGUCACCUUUGCCAACGGACGAAAACUCAAUCCAGCAGAGUUGGAUCUCAUUGGCACCUCGAAUGGUGAAUUUGCACUUUGCAACGCAAAAAUGCUUUCUGUGACGGUGACAGAUGCAUUUCAGACUAGCGUAAACCUACGCAUGAAUCGGAUGACUUGCGAUGAUCCCCGCAUCAUACUUCCAGCCAUCAUCUCUUAUGGUCGAGUUGAUAGUCGGGCUUUGGACUGCGAUGGAGAUAUGCACGACCGCACUUUCUGUGAUAGCGCUUGGAACGAAGCAGAGCUGAACUGCCAAUCACCCGCUUCUCAAGUGGUCGGUUUUCCCUUUCCCUCGUAUCCACCAGUAACACCCAACGCCUCAAGUGCAGCUGAAGAAUUUAUCACAUGUACCCUCGACAACCUACAACCUGCUACCUCCUACUCAGCUUAUAUCACCAUAGCGACGCUUGUCAAGCACGAGGGAGCCCAAAGUGGACGCUUCAACUUCACUACUAAGCCCGCAACUCCGUCUGGACCAAGAUAUCUGCAUGCAGUAUCCAUUGAUCCAACUUCUAUCCAAUUACUCUGGAGUCCACCCGAUCGUCCAAAUGGCAUGAUUGUGUUCUACAAGAUUCAUUAUAAGCCAAUGCCCUUGGAAAGGAGUGACUUUCUCUCCAGUGACGCCUGCUAUAAUAUUCAUUUCCAUCAGUACUCUGGCAAUGAGCUCUCUCCAAGUAAAAGUGGGGAGAAAAUCGACGAUGGUGGAAGCGGUGUCAAAGACAACGAUGAAAAUAGUUCUAAUGAGGGUUCCUACCGGACAGGUGCCGACGGUUUACAUUACGACUGCGGUUCAUUCGCCAACAAAGGACCCAAACAGACUGAAUUUCUCACCGAAGAAUUCUGUCGUCGUGAGAUGAUUCGUUUUGAGGAUGAACUUCACAAAGCCAUCCUCAUUUCUCGAGUUCCCAACUCAAGAGAAAACCAACGAUCACCUGACCUAAAACGACCGAGAAGAGAUCUGGGCGACGUAGAAUUCGACAGCUUCCCAGACUCUGCAUCAAUGGAUUGGGAAGAGGCGAUUCAACGGUUGCCGGAACAAUUCAGUAGGGAGGAAUUAAUGUUUGAUUUUGGAUUGCAUAGCGUGCGAUCUCUACUAGGAGAUUGUGGCCAGUUUACGCGUUUAUGUCACACUAACUUCUAUUCUCCCCCUUCUCUUGCAGUUCGAAGACGUCGUGACAUCACUUCAAGCGACCAAGAACAGCAGCAACAACAUCCCACACAAAAGACCAUUCUAGUGGCUGCAGAACCGCACGAUCCAAAGAGCAACAAUAGUGGACCUGUUGUUGGGAUAGUGAGUGAAGACUCGGCCGGAGCUCCUCCCCGACUAACUUACGCUGUUACUGGCUUGGAGCACUUCACUGAGUACCUAUUCUACAUCUCUGCCUGCCACAAGCCUCAUGAUGAAUUCGGCAAUCCUUUGCCCUUCGUAAGUUUAUGUUCUGCCAUGUGUUUGGAAGAAGAUAGCGAAUCCAGUCAAGUUCGUAGCUGCAGUCAAACCGUUCAAAUCUCCCAGCGGACGCAAGCAUUUCCUCACGCGGAUGCGGUGCUUUCCUCCAGCCUUUAUGCUCUAACACCAAUUUCUCCAACCUCGUCCUCCACCCUCAUCACUAAUGGUCUGUCAAACACUAAAAAACCGCCUCUUUUUGGCCAACCACCCGACCCACUUGCCAAUCUCUCCAAUCUGGCUACAUUCAGCGCCAAUAACAGCACUCUGUUUUCUGUCCAUAAUUCUAGCGUCAAUAGCAACGCUCUUGGUCAACAACAGCAGCAGUCGACUAAGGAAGCAGGUGUGAGACCCGUCACACUUUUUUGGAAUGAGCCUGAUUCUCCAAAUGGUCUGAUCCUCUAUUACUGGCUACAGUAUCGAAAGAGUAGUAGAGGAACAACGUCUGAGGAAGCUUCAACUCCCUGGUUUACUAUUUGCGUUCGACCCAAGUACUUGGAGGAUAGAGCAGCUAUCAAAGCACUGGCAGCCCUUCGAUGUGGAGAUGAAAAUAGUGAGUCCGAUCCCGCUUGCAGUCCCACAGCCCGCACUGUCUACACCGAGUUGGGUUCCGUGCGUGCUGGCCAUUACGAAUGGCAGGUGAUGGCCGUCUCUCUGGCUGGAAAUGGCUCUUGGACAAAAUCGCACUUCUUCGAUGUCAAGGUUGGUGAUGGUCUGCAGCCGUGUAAGUUGAUAUUCAUAGUGCUGGAAUACUGUUCUAUAUAUCAUCUUGUUAGUACUCAUAUAGCAACCAUCCUGGCUGUUACCCUGAUCGCCGUCGGCAUUGUUAUCGCCUUUGCGGUGUGGUUCGAUUGCCGCAAUCGAAAGCGCCGGAUGAAGGCUCUAGCUAGUCAGAAGUCCGAGUACUUAGAGUCCCUUCUCCUAGGAAACUUCCAAGAUGAAUGGGAAGUUGAUCCGAAGGACUUGACCUACAAUGUAGUAGACACUCUGGGUCAAGGUAGUUUCGGUCUUGUCUGUCGAGGGCGACUGUUUCGUCUCACUACACCCGCUGCCGAAUAUCUCCACCUGACGCCAACGUCUACAUCUGGUGAUAGUGUUGCAAAUACCACUUCUGUAGGAGCAGACAGACCACCAUCAACUGCCUCCACCACUUUGCAAAGUAGAAUGAACUGGAUUGCCUCAUUUGUGUCAAAGAGUCUUAGACGGGGGUAUGGAGGCUCAGACAAAGGCCAGGGAAUGAAUGUGGCUGUUAAGAUACUUUCACCUGGAUCGACCUAUGAUGACGUGAGAGAAUUCCUCGGAGAAGCUUCACAUAUGAAACAAUUCAACUGUAAUCACAUAGUUCGACUGUUGGGUAUCAUCUCAAAACAGGUACUUAUUCGUCGCCAACCCAUUGUAGUCAUGGAAUUGAUGGAACACGGUGACUUGGCGACCUACCUACGGCAUCGAAUGGCUCAAGACUACUCUCAGGGUAGCGUGGCUCCUGAAUUUGCAAUAAAAUGGGCUGCGGAAAUUGCCGAUGGAAUGGCCUACCUCGAAUACAAAGGAUUCGUGCAUCGAGAUCUUGCCGCUCGAAAUUGUCUUGUUGGUGUUGGUCUGACCGUCAAAAUUGGAGGUCGAGCUCGACUCCCUGUUCGAUGGAUGGCACCGGAAGCUCUAAAAGAAGCUUACUUCACCUUCAAGUCAGAUGUCUGGUCCUAUGGCGUGGUGCUCUGGGAGAUUGCCACUUUCGCUGCCUUGCCGUUCUCGGGUCUUUCACACGAGGAGGUCAUUACUCUGGUGGUCAAUGGCGGACAUUUGGGCAAGCAGGGCUGGCCACCCAAAUUCCCUGACAUUCUUUCUAUGGAUGAUAAUGGACUUCUCUUCUUCUGCAGACUUGACGUAAUGAAAGCCUGCUGGUACAGCGACCCUGAAGGUCGACCCUCUUUUGGCACCAUAAUCAGCAUGUUGGAACCCUACGUCAGCAAUGUUUUCCGCACCAGUUCUUUCUACCUCAAUCAACCUCUCACCGCCCGUUGCCAACAGGAAGGAGAGGAUCUCGAUGUCGGUGAAGGAGCGGAAGUUCCCUCUCUCUCCCAAGUCACACCAAGAAUGCGUCCCAAGUCGUUGGGACCAAUGGAGAGGGUCAACGCGUGUGACCGUUCAGCAGGAGAGACUGAAAAUAUGGUGGGGGAGGUUGAUGAAAGACUUCUCAACACCUUGGAUGACGAUGAAGAUGAAAUUCACCUUAGACCCUCAUCCCGAUGA